AAUUAAAAUCGGAAUCAGUAGGCACCCGUGGCAGAUCAAAUACACACCGAAGCAGAAGCACGCGUGCUCCUCCUACUGCCGCGCCCUUGUCCUGAGGUGACCCGCCACUCCGUGCAGCCGUGCUGCACUGCACACGCUCUCACUCUCACUCUGCUCGCAUCUCUUCUCUUCUCCUCCGUGUGAAGGCGAGCUCACACAGGCACAGCCCCCAACUCUCACACUCUCUCCACGAAGCUCUCUCCCAGAGAGCUCUCGUCCUCCCCUAGGCAGCAGCGGCAGUAGUACAACAAGAUCAUGAAGGCCCUGGUGGUGGCGGUGGUGCUUCUUCUCUCGUCCAGUCUCGUCGCGUCACAGUGGUGCGUGUGCAAGCAGGAUGCGCCGCAGGCCUCGAUGCAGAAGACCAUCGACUACGCCUGCGGCUCGGGGGCGGACUGCAACUCCAUCCAUGAGAACGGGGGGUGCUACAACCCCAACACCGUCGCCGCGCACUGCUCCUGGGCGGCCAACAGCUACUACCAGAACAACAAGGCCAAGGGCGCCACCUGCGACUUCACCGGCACCGCCACCCUCACCACCAGUGACCCAAGUUCUUCUGGCUGCUCUUACCCUACAAGUGCAAGCGCUGUUGGAACGAUGACCCCGACCACUGGAGGCACAAUGGGCGGUACCCCAGGAACCUUCACGCCCGGUGCCGGCACCACCAGCACAGGCAUGGGAACCGGUACUACUACUGGAACCACUGGCGCUGGGCUCGGUCUAGGACCGGCAGGCACCGGCAUGGACACUGCAGCGGCGAGCUUGCUCCCAAGCGCUGGGGUGGCCGCCGUCCUCACCGUGCUCCUCUCCGCCAUCGCAUUCGCAUGACGUUUGACCCCAAGAGACAAGACCCUACUCCUCCUACCUGCUAGUAGAAAGCACAUCACCCUUUUGGCAAGCUUGCUUCAGGAGUGCUCUGAUGAUCCAUGGAGAAAGGAACAUAACGGAAGCCUAAUGCAUCCUGUCCAAAACUCCACUAGUGCCUGCUUCGUGUCCGGUGCCGAUGGGGGGUGUUCAUGGGUGGGGUGGCGUUCUGUUUUCCUUUGAGACCACACCAUGUUCUUCAGUGUACCCUGUUAUUUGGUAGGAUGGCGGUCUCUGUCGUGCAAGGACGAUUGCCUAUCUUUUUAUUCCGUUGUUAAUCAUGUAAAUGUAGGGAAGCCAGUAGGUUAGAUCAAGGCUGGUUGCAAUGAAAAUGCUGCUGGGACAAUGCCAUGGUGUGCUUUUGAUCAACUUGCAUGUCAUCAGGUCCCUCA